UUCACAGGAGGUGCCCCAGAUGUCCUGAGUCAGGAUUGCAGAGUGCAGGACCCAGGGAUCUUGUGUAUAGGAAUCUGGACAGGUAGGAACAUGAUAUCAGACAGAAUAAGUACAGAGGUAGCAAGCAAGGAAGGCUAGGUGUGAUAGAGUCUCUUUCAUCAGAAAAUGAAUGAUCUGGAACCAUCUUUGAGCUUCUGAGUCUGAAGAUAGAGUUGCAGCUACCACUGGCCUGGCCUAUAGCUUGGUGCUGCCUAGUAAAUACAUCCUGGCGGGGGGGAGGUAGGGCACCCCGAGUUGCAGGGACAGAAGAGUCUAUUUCCAUGGGAGACUAUUAAAAUGUAAGGAAUGUGAGUGCCCACACACAGUGGGUGCAUGAACUCUUGAGUGUGCUGUAAGGCAGCCUCAAUGCUGAUGAGUCUCGCCUGUUGGCCAGGAGAAGAGCUAAGCCUCUCCUGUUUUCUAGCAAAUUCCAUCAAGCAGAGGAAGCCGAGGCUGCUGCUGCCACCACCAGAGAUCGGCAGCAAGUCCACUGUCACCAUCCUCCGAGGGGACACCCUGCUGCUGGAGUGCUUCGCUGAAGGCCUUCCAACGCCCCAAGUGGAGUGGAGCCGAGUGGGUGGAGAUUUACCAAAAGGAAGAGAAACAAAAGAGAAUUAUGGGAAGACCCUGAGGAUUGAGAAUGUGUCCUACCCAGACCGAGGGAACUACCGCUGCACAGCCGCCAACUUCCUGGGCUCGGCCACACACGACUUCCAUGUGGUCGUGGAAGAGCCCCCUCACUGGACGAAGAAGCCUGAGAGUGGUGUCUACAGCACCGGAAGCAGUGGCAUCCUGCUUUGUGAGGCUGAAGGGGACCCUGAGCCCAGUAUCAGGUGGAGGGUCAACGGCAUCCCCAUCGAGAAAAACCCAUUUGCUGGUGACGUGGUGUCCCCAGGCGAGAUCAGCUUCACGGACCUGCAGCCCAACCACACAGCCGUGUACCAGUGUGAGGCCACCAACACCCACGGCACCCUGCUGGCCAAUGCCAACAUCGAUGUCAUAGGUAAGGCACCUUCUGUGGUGACUCAUGGGGAAUGUUCAGGGUCCCUGACACAACACAGAGGCCUCUAGAGUGUAUGAUGUCAC